AUGAGCGGACGCAGGCGAAGGGCGUCGACAUCGAGUGUCGAAACUGUUGAUGGCGACAAGAUCCGCUGGUUGCAAGAGUCCAAUGUCGUCAGAUCGCAACCAAAGGACGUCCACAAGGAUAACUAUCCUUGCCUGGAGCUGCGAAAUGCCACCGUCUUUGACAGGAAAGGCGAGAUUCUCGAGAAUGCCCUCGAUGUCGCUGUGAGAGGCCCGUAUAUCGUGCGAGGCUACCUCAUCAUGGAGGAUGCUUCAGACAGGAGACAUCUCAUCAUGAAGGUCCGAUCAUCCACUCCCAUAGAGAUUCGCCAUUGCAUCGCUUAUUCGAUCGGAGAAGCGCCGGGGGCGCGACCCCUCGUGUGGGCGCUGGGCCGAGGAGCUUGGUAUGAGAUUAACCCUUCAGAAGACUAUCGCCCGAUUUUCAACAAGAUGUGCGAAGCCACGACCAUGUACUAUAACCUGGUGGACAUAUAUAACUCAAAGCGACUAAGCGGAAUUCCAAAGGCAUCAGGCUCAGGCCUUCUAGAAGCUCUUCACGAUGACUUUCUACAGGAUGUGGUACAUAAAACCAUGGUAGCACUCAAGAAUCCUCGAAAAGCGCGCAGUCCUUCACCACGUGAAAGAGUGAGUCCAGUACCAAGCAACAGGUCUUCAAGUCGCAUCACUAGGAGCGUCAGCAUGGAUAAAGUCGACUCUGAUCAAAUUCAACUGUCAAAGCGAUCGAAACCAGCCUCAAAUAUGGAUGUGGCUACUCCUAGCAUCACUGUCCAGCAACCAGCAAUCCAUAUUCAACCUCCUGAUGCUGCCAUGACCACUGCGCAUGAAGACGAAACUCCCUUUGCCUCCGUUCUCUCUGCAGUAGAGGAGAUAUGCGAAAAGCGAGUUGGGUCAAAACGAGGCAUCUCUGGAAUGACUGCUCUUAAUAUCCUCUACUUUGAUUACAAGUUUCCCAUGUGGAAAGACGGUUCUGUUGGUUCCCACAAAGUCCCUGUUCAAGAAGUCUUGCACUACAAUGCUACUGCUUUGUUGCAGAAUUUAGACAAGGACAGAUUCCAAACGCUGCAACUUUGGUCAUACCUGGAGGAGUUGGAACAAAAACCGUUCAACCCACGCGCUAUAAAACUAUCCGAGUUCCCUUACCGCUUGGUGCGACGCACACCAAGUCAGCGUUCAAAGAAGCCAGUGCCAUCCGCUGUUGAGAUAGACUCCUCUCCACAAGAAAUCGACGACCCACCUCGCCCCAUCGGGAAGACCUUGAAGCGUCCUGGCCGGAGACCAGGCAAGACAUCCAGUUUGCGAACGGUGACUUCUUCCAAGAAACGAACCUUUGCCGAGAUUGGAGAUGAAAGCGAGCCAGACUCCGAAUCGUCGGGCUUGAAACGGUCACAUUACUUUUCUGACCGAGAGGAAGAGCAAGAGGAAGAUGUUUCCAUGCAGGACUCGACUGGAGCAGACACCCCCAGGGACGCUGUUCAAGCUGCUCCGCUCCGAUCUGAAAAAACAGAGCCAAUUCAGAUUGUGAUUCGAACGGAGAAAAUACCAUCCACAGUUCCUCGCGGAAGCGGUGACGCCUGGACGUGCGACCAAGACGGCUGUACCUACGUUGUAAGAGGUGGCGAGGCUGACGGGUGCCAAGCCCGAAUCCAAAAACACUUUGAAGAGCACCGGGAGCAAACCAAGAGGCUCAAUCUAGCAGUCACUGAAAGCUCCCGCGGUCACAUGCCAAUCAAUCAUUUACUCGAGAAACUCAAAAAGAUGGGCGAAAACACGCAGCAGCCUAUCAUACCGGGCGGGACGAUGCCGCAGCCGAUCAAGAGGAAACUGAUAGCAUGACGCUGCAGCUCGAUGACGACGAAUAAUUCUCUUUAUUUAGAGGCGAAAGGUUUCCUUUCUCUCCUUUUCUUUGAGGCAUCUUUUCUCCUUUGAUAUGGCAAUACCAGUUGUUUGUUCGGACAGUAUAGUUCGGUUAUGACAGACUUCUAAGGAAACGGGACACGGUAACAAAUGGAGUUUGGGGGACGGUAACGAAUCUUAAUUUUUUUUGCUAUUACACGCGUAUAAUAAUACCACGACGAAGACGACAGUAACAACAACGGCAACGACUAGAAGUCUUGUCACUUUAUAUUAUCCUUCUCUCUCUCCCAUAGACAGGAGUUGUUUUUGUAAGAAAGUGUUUUUGUGGGAGGAAAGGCCAUCGUGAAAAAAAGCUCACGAUCGCAAAUGAUGUAAAUUAUCUAGGAUUGAGCAUAGCCUACUAUCUAUCUCAUAGAGCAUCCAAUUUUUGAGAAC